CGGAUUCGUGGGCCACAUAAAAUGACGUGGCGGGCCGGAUUUGGCCCGCAGGCCUUGAGUUUGACACAUGUGCUUUAGAUAAUCCAAAGCCUGUGCUGUCGGUGGGAUAAACUCCGUGCAUCCAAGAGUCUCUGAGUACUCGGGAAGCUGCUCAAGUCUUUGGAAUAAAUCCUCCCGUUUUCUCUUUUCUAGGACUCUAUUCAUCUAUUGAAGAACACUUGGAUCUACAUCACUGCGUUAUACACUUCUGUCUUUACUUAUUGCAAAGUCAUCAUGUCUCAGAAGCAGAUCAGCCUCCCAGCGAAGCUCAUUAAUGGAGGCAUCGCUGGCAUUGUCGGGGUUACUUGCGUCUUCCCCAUUGACUUGGCAAAGACCAGGCUGCAGAAUCAGAGACAAGGUCAGCAGGUCUACAAGAGCAUGGUGGACUGCCUUGUCAAGACAGUCCGAUCAGAGGGGUACUUUGGCAUGUACAGAGGCGCUGCUGUAAAUUUGGCCCUGGUCACCCCUGAGAAGGCGAUCAAGCUGGCUGCUAAUGACCUCUUCCGGCAUCACCUCUCCAAGGACGGAAAGGGGCUGACGGUGUUUAAAGAGAUGCUGGCAGGUUGUGGUGCCGGCAUGUGCCAGGUGGUCGUCACCACCCCCAUGGAGAUGCUCAAGAUACAGCUACAGGAUGCGGGCAGACUUGCGGCCCAGCAGCAGAAACCGGUCAUGAUGUCUCCCACCAAGCUCGUGGCCACUAACACCGUGCUCACGCGCUCCUACAACUCUAGCACGGUGGUCUCGGCGCCUCGAGCCGUCUCUGCCACACAGAUCGCAAAAGAACUCUUCCACAAGCACGGCAUCCAGGGCCUCUACAAGGGGCUGGGGGCAACGCUGAUGAGGGAUGUCCCCUUCUCUGUUAUCUACUUCCCAUUGUUUGCCAACCUGAACCGGCUGGGCCAAGCCAGUCCCGAGGAGACGUCCCCCUUCUACUGGGCGUUUCUCUCGGGCUGUGUGGCAGGUUCUAUUGCCGCUGUGGCUGUUAACCCCUGUGACGUGGUGAAGACUAGACUGCAGUCACUGAACAAAGGGCCCAGUGAGGAGACUUAUAACGGAGUUGUGGAUUGUGUGAGUAAAAUAAUGCGAAAGGAGGGACCGUCUGCCUUCCUGAAAGGUGCUGGCUGUCGAGCUCUGGUCAUCGCUCCUCUGUUCGGCAUCGCUCAGGUUAUGUACUUUGCCGGAGUUGCCGAAUACAUCCUGGACAACACGCCUCUAAACCUCCUGUCAGCGUGAGAGCAUGUGGACCUGCUGGCUGACUAUGCAUAGGACCUUCUGAGUGUAGAUGGAUGAGCAACUGGCAGCUACACUCCGUUUACAACAAUAAUAAUCUUGUCAAACAGUCAGAAAGGCUAAUGAAGAGCUGUGAUUUGAACUUCUGACAGCUGUGUUGCACUUAAAACACUUUUGUGACUUAUUCAGUAGGCAGUUGAAUCUGUCGGCCUUUGGCUAUGGGGGACUCAGCGUUGCAGUGUUAUUCUUUCUUUGUCUCUGAGACGGUCCUGUUUCCCUCUGUGAGGGACGGGAGCUCACUCCAUCAAAUAGACACACUUCUUCCUCGUUAUCACUUUUCAUAUAUUUAAUAUGCUAGUUUUUAAAUUGCUGAAUGCGGCAGCUUGUAGUACUUUGUAUGUUUGCUUUUUUUGUUCCUUUUCCAUCGCU